GCGUUGCUAGCGCGGCUCCUUCCUGUCCUGCGACUCCAGAGCCCGGUUUUUGGCGGUCCUCUGAACCCACUCCCACUCCACUCCACUUUUGGGUUGGGGCGGAGCUAGCCAUGGCAGCAAGCCCGGGGACGACCCCUGAAAUGGCCCCCGAAGCUGGAGCUGGACAGGUGGAAGGUGAACACGUCAAACCUUUUACACCAGAGAAAGCAAAAGAAAUUAUAAUGUCUUUACAACAACCUGCAAUCUUCUGUAACAUGGCUUUUGAUUGGCCAGCACAACACUGGACUGUUAAACACCUUUCUGAGGUCCUUCAUGGCAAGCAGAUUCGAUUCAGGAUGGGAAUGAAAAGAACAGAUACAGUUCCUCAGUUUGAAACGACAUGUGGUUAUGUAGAAGCUACACUUGAAGAGUUCCUGAGCUGGAACUGUGACCAGCCUACUAUAUAUGGACCAUUUAGAGAUUAUGAUCAUUCCAAAUUCUGGGCUUAUGCUGACUAUAAAUAUUUUGUCAGCCUAUUUGACGACAAGGCAGAUAUUUUCCAGGAUGUGAUAUGGUCUGACUUCGGGUUUCCUGGAAGAAAUGGACGGGAAAGUACAUUGUGGAUCGGCUCCAUGGGGGCCCAUACGCCCUGUCAUCUGGACUCCUAUGGUUGCAAUUUAGUAUUCCAGGUACAAGGAAGGAAAAGAUGGCAUCUCUUUCCUCCCGAAGACACUCCUUUCCUUUAUCCGACAAGAAUCCCUUAUGAAGAAUCUAGUGUGUUCAGUAAAAUCAAUGUUGUCAAUCCUGAUUUAAAACGUUUUCCUCAGUUCUGCAAAGCUCGAAGACAUAUGGUUACACUAAACCCAGGACAGGUUCUUUUUGUUCCCAGACACUGGUGGCAUUACGUAGAAUCCAUUGAUCCUGUCACUGUCAGUAUAAACUCAUGGAUUGAGCUGGAAGAGGACCACCAAGCCCGGGUAGAAGAGGCAAUCACACGCAUGCUUGUGUGUGCCCUGAAGACUGCAGAGGAUCCACACAAUACCAGAGCUUGGUUAAACCCAACCGAGGUUGAGGAAACAUCCCAUGAAGUCAAUUGUCGCUACUUAAAUAGAGCCGUUUCUGCCCUUUUUGAUCAUUACAGAACAUCUAAGGUAGUAGAAAUCCAAGCACUGAGAACAAAUAGAGAGGACAUGAAAAAGGAGGGAUCAGAUGUGCACAAUCACAUGGAGGUGGGACAAACAGGUGGCCAGGACUUACUCUUGGGAACGGGAAAACAGGAGGCAGCAAGUCCCUUUGGCCCUGAUCUGGUUCCUGUAAUACUGGGUUCUGAAGAACUACCCUCAGAGAGAGGAGGCAUAUUUGAAGGUGAUGGUAAAGACUUUGUUGGCGAAGGUGGAGAACACUCUGGAAAAUUGCAUUGUACCAAGAGGCAACGAAUGAUGAGUAAAAGUGAAGAUGCAGUUGUGGAACAAAUCUCUUCAAAUAGUAGUAUGGCUCCUUCUCAAACAUUCAUUUCUACAGAUGACUUGCUAGACUGCUUGGUGAAUCCACAAGUAACCAGGAUAGUGGCACAACUUCUGAUACAAGGAAGAAGUUUGUGGUUCUAAGGAAAUGACUUUUAAAAUAAUACUUUAAAAAUAUUUUUUGAGUAGUAUGAUUGUUAAAUAAAAGAUGGCAGAGCAAAAAGUUAAUUUGCACAUGCUUGUAAAUGCACUUGUUCUUACCUAAAUGUGUUUCAGUUUCUUGCUACCUUCACUCAUGAACAUUACUCUUUGGCCAAACUGGCUCUUUCUUAGUUGUUAGGCCUUCUUUCUUCAGUGACUUUGCCUUUCCUCUCCCAUCUGAUCCUUUCAGCCUAUCUCAAAUGUAAGCCCC